AUGAAUGCUGUAGCAGAACGUGGCAUCUCUGUACGACUGCUUGGACUGCGCGGACGUUAUCAUCACGACAAUCAUGAGAGUUCCGUGCAGCGUAUUGCAAGUUUAUGCGAGAGUGACCCUCGCUUUGCUUUCCCAGACGCCCAAUGCUUAGCUCUGCCGUUGAGGUCCACGGUUAAUGGGGCCGUCAUUACGAAUGGUUCCUUGCAUACCGCCCUUCUCGAAGCGAUUCUCACCGAGCAGUCCCAGUGGCAUCUAACAGUUAGCGCGGUACUUGAGGAUGCACGCAGCAAGAAUGUUCAUAUGCACUUCAUACCAAUUGGUGCUGGGUCUUUUGUUCCACCAUCCAUUCUGAGAAACGAAGCCUCUCGGGCCCCUGCGCGCCCCAAAAUUGACAAUGGUUGUGCAUCCACCUAUCCAAUUCCCAUAGACCCAGUGCUAACCCCCAGUGACACAUCCUCGGAAGGAGCAGAAGGGUCCAAAUUUCCCGUUGCCAUCAUCGGCAUGGGCUGUCGUUAUCCAAACGCAGAUUCACCUGAGAAACUAUGGGAAUUACUCGAGAAAGGAAUAUGUGCUGUACAAGAUCUUCCUGAGAGCCGCCUCAAAAUCUCACAGCUCACAAGAGGACCAGACGGGCCUUUCUAUGGUGGUUUAAUUCGAGAUCCGGAUGUUUUUGAUCAUCGAUUCUUUGGCAUCUCAGGACGUGAGGCAAAGUCUAUGGAUCCACAGCAGCGUUUGAUGCUUCAUGUUGCCUACGAAGCACUGGAAUCGUCGGGAUACUGUGGUCUUCGAUCGGACAAGCUACCGAAUGAUAUCGGCUGUUAUGUUGGAGUUGGUACCGACGAUUAUGGUGAAAAUGUUGGAUGCCAUCCAACAAAUGCUUUCUCUGCAACCGGAACACUCAGAGCGUUUAACUCCGGUCGUAUCAGUCACCACUUCGGAUGGAGCGGCCCUUCAGUCGUGGUGGAUUCGGCCUGUUCUUCCGCGGCUGUGUCCAUUCACUUGGCGUGCCAGGCCCUACAAACAAACGAUUGCUCGGUAGCUCUCGCCGGGGGUGUCAGUAUCAUGACCAACCCGAGAACAUCCCAGAAUCUCGCCGGCGCGUCCUUCCUAUCCAAGUCCGGUGCAUCCAAGGCAUUUGAUGCUGCUGCCGAUGGGUAUUGUCGAGGCGAAGGUGCCGGAUUGGUAUUGAUGCGGCCCUUGGCAGAUGCACUGAGGAACGGCGAUCCUGUCCUGGCCGUCAUAACCGGGUCCGCUGUCAAUCAGGGAUCCAACUGCUCACCCAUUACGGUUCCAGAUUCCAGCUCUCAGCAAUCGUUAUAUCGCAAGGUUCUGUCGUCCUCCGGUGUCGACCCAAGAGAGGUGACUUACGUUGAAGCUCAUGGAACAGGUACCCAGGUCGGAGAUCCGAUCGAGUUCGACAGCAUCCGGAGUGUUUUUGGUGGACGGGACCGGAAAGACGAAGUCCAUGUGGGAUCGCUCAAGGACAAUAUCGGACAUACGGAGACCGCUUCUGGGUCCGCUGCUCUUAUAAAGACGAUUCUGAUGAUGCAAAAGGGGCGGAUUCCGAGGCAGGCCAACUUUUCUCAUCUCAAUCCGAAGAUCCGUCCACUUGGCGAUGAUCGAGUUGUUAUCCCUACACGGUCGAUGGAUUGGGAAGCGACAGAACACAUUGCACUAGUCACCAACUAUGGUGCAGCAGGGAAUAAUGCUGCGAUGCUAGUGCGAAAACACGCUAUUACUCCGAGUGACCAAAACUCCUCAAUUUCGGAGAUACCCUUCUUUAUCUCAGCAAGAUCGCCCGAAUCUCUUCGUUCGUACUGCAAGGCCCUUCACGAAUACAUUCUCAAUGGUCAAUGUGCAGCAGUGGACACCGUUGGCACCAUUGGGUAUAACUUGGCCAUCAAGCAGAACCGGGAUAUGGAAUAUUUCUUGAGUCUCACCACAUCCUCCAAAACUGCUUCACUUCUUAAUCAGUUGAAUGCUGCUGGCUGUGGAGAUACCGCGGUGCAGCAGCGAUCCAGCCCACAGCCCCCUGUGAUUCUUUGCUUUGGUGGACAGAGUGGCAAAGACGCAUACCUUUCUGAGGACUUGGUGCGAAGCUGUAAGGUGCUCCAGAGUCACUUGAACAACUGCGAUCGGGUUUGCAACGCGUUGAGCCUUCCCAGCCUCUUCCCUACUAUAUUCAACCCCGAACCCAAAAAUGACCUCGUCAAUCUCCAUUGCACGUUGUUCUCCAUUCAGUAUUCCACUGCAAAGGCGUGGAUAGACUGCGGACUCAAGGUUGACCGAUUGAUUGGUCAUAGCUUUGGACAGUUGACAACUCUCUGCGUCGCUGGAGUAUUGAGUCUGGACGAUGCCAUGCGUCUGAUUUCUGGAAGAGCCCAAUUGAUCCAAAAGGCAUGGGGUCCCGACAGCGGGACGAUGCUUGCUGUUGAAUGUACCAAGAGCGAAGCGGAAUCACUGCUUCAGCAGACCAAACAGCAAUUUGGUACGUGUGCCGUUGACAUUGCAUGCUUCAAUGGCCCAAUGAGCUUGGUUUUAGCGGGCGAUGGGGCUUCCAUUCAAGCUGUUGAAGAAGUCGCACAGGGAUUGCCAUCCAAGCCCAAAAUAAGACGACUGGAGAAUACGCAUGCAUUCCAUUCCAGGCUUGUAGACGAUAUUGUACCGGGGCUACUGGUUGUUGCGAGGGAAUUGCAGUAUCAGAAGCCCUCCAUCCCCAUCGAAGCUUGCUCAGUCAACAACGACUGGUCAUCUAUAACCGCCGAGACAAUUGUCGAGCAUAGCCGGGGGCCUGUUCACUUUGUGAAUGCUGUCUGGAAAGCAUCAAAGCAGUUGGGAGGCCCUAUUAUUUGGCUGGAAGCCGGCUCUGGAUCACCAAUCAUCCCCAUGAUCCGGCGGGCGUUGGAUAGUCGCUCAUCCCAGCAGCAUGUGUACCAGCGCAUUGAUAUCGGAAAUUCCAGUGCCCAGAGUAAACUCGCAAAGGCAACAUCUAAUCUUUGGACCAACGGAGUCAGAGUGCAAUUUUGGCCAUUUGAGAAUGCAUCCUACCAAUGGGUAAACCUGCCGCCGUACCAAUUCGCAAAGACACGACACUGGCUGGAAUAUGUACCGCCGCAGCCUUCUUCCCAACAGAAUGGAACUGUCUCUUCUGAUGCGCAGAACGAGUUGAUUUACCUGGUCGACGCUGCGAAUGGAAUCGUACAAAUUAAUACCAAGAACCCAUUUUACCGGGCUUGUACUCAAGGCCACGCAGUUGUGGACCAGACUCUGUGCCCUGCAUCGCUGUAUAUCGAGUUUGUGUUGAGAGCAGUAACUCUCACAAGUAAAGCUGACUACUCUGCCAACAUGGUCCAGAUUGAAGAGUUGGAGAUUUCUUCACCAUUGGUGCUGGACCCAGAGGGACAGGUUUUCCUUCAGCUACAGGAAGGACAGAAGAAUAAAUGGGCAUUCUUGCUUUUCACGCGCAAAGAGCACAAAGGGAAAGUCAUGCAUGCCACAGGAAGCGUCGCUUUCCAUGAGCCGAAGAGUACCGCUGUAAUGCGACUUCGUUCAAUGGAACGACUGAUUGAUCCCGCGCGGUGUCAUUUCAUUAUCGACUCGCCCAAUUCCAAUGGCUUCAAAGGAUCUAUCGUCUACCAGAUCAUGAAGCGAGUGACAGAUUAUGCCGACUACUACAAGGGUGUACAAACUGUCUCUGCAACUAAUGAGGAAGCCGCAGGAUAUGUUUCGCUGCCAACCCAGCCAUCCGAAUUGGUUGGUGGGCAGUGCGACCCUAUCUUGAUGGACAACUUCCUCCAAGUUGGAGGCAUUCAUGUUAACUGUCUGUCAGAGAACGAUCCAGAUGAAGUCUAUGUCUGCGGUGCAAUAGGCGAGAUCUUCAUCAGCCCAGAAUUCUCACAGAAGCAAUGCGAGGAUGCCGAAUCGUCAUGGAUGGUAUAUACCAAUCAGACAAGACACAGCAUGACGGAGUUGACAUGUGAUGUCUUUGCAAUCGAUCCUCGAUCAAGGAAACUCGUGCUCACAUUCAUAUCGGCAAAGUUCAAGAGUGUGUCCAUUCGUUCGUUGAGAAGGCUGCUUUCCCGGCUCAAUACCUCACCUUCGGUUGACUCUGGGUCCCCAAAUGAGACGGCAGCGACAGCGAGUCUGAAUCGAAUCGAAACCCAACAAAGACCAAGCAUCCAAGAGGAGAAGACCGAGGCAGCCCACCAGUCUGAAACCAAUGGAGCCGCCAGACACGGAAAAGUGCAGGAAAUGUUGAGUGAGCUGAUUGGAAUUCCAAUUGACGAACUGCAGCCCUCGUUGAGCUUGGACGAUGUCGGCAUAGACUCUCUUAUGACCACAGAGGUUAUGUCAGAGAUCAAAAAGAGAUUCGGCGUUAGUAUUGACAGCUCAGCUUUGCAGUCACUUGUGGAUAUCCGAUCCUUGGUUGCUUAUAUUUUUCCGGAAACUUCGACAUCCACUCUAUCUUCUCCAAACGCAAGUGUCGUCCAGCAAGUGAAGGCCACAUCCCAGACCAAUCAGUCCCCAGCUGCUUCUUCCGAAUAUCUUACCACCAUCCAGCAUAUUCUGAGCGACAUCCUUGACAUACAUACCGAAGAAAUUACCGCUUCUUCUUCCCUGGAUUCGCUUGGCAUCGAUUCCCUUGUGGCCACCGAGCUCACCACCGAAAUCAACAAGCAUUUCAGUGUCAGCUUGGGGCCGGAGGAGCUUCAGAACAUAAAAGAUACUCAAGGUCUUUGCGCACGCCUACAAGGCCUGAGUGAGGUGGAGAAUAUAGGUGCUCCCUCCGAUUCUAACGACGUCCCAGAGAGACCGUUUGCGUCCGUCGCACACGAUUGCUUUGCCUCAAGCAGUGAUGAUUUUCUGAAAGAAGCCCGAGAGUCGCAAUGGACUGGGUUUUAUAGCUCUGUUUACCCAGCACAGAUGGAUCUGGCCACUACAUAUGUUGCAGAAGCCUUCAGAUCUCUCGGAUGUCCGUUGGAAUCACUACACGCAGGACAGCCCAUACCCGAUGUUAAGAUAGCCGAGCAGUAUGGGAAGUUGAAAAAUCAACUCUACGCCAUCCUUGAAUCAUUCCAGCUCGUCAGCAAAUCCAGAGAUGGCGCGUUCAUUCGCACCGAUAAGCCUGUUCCGGCGACAACUUCGCAAAUGCUACACGAGGACAUUAUCCGGCGGUUUCCUCAACAUCAAUCCGAGCAUCUCCUCUUCCAUACCACUGGCCCCCGCCUCGCGGACUGCCUGACAGGCCGCGAGAAUCCGUUAUCGUUGUUAUUCAGGGACGCCACAGCUCGGCAGUUAGUGGAAGACGUCUACACCAACGCGCCAAUCUUCAAGACGCCUACUGCAUAUCUGAAAAAUUACCUUACUUCACUUCUAAAACAGAUUGGAGCGAGCCGCGACGUUCAAAUUCUAGAAAUUGGUGCAGGCACUGGGGGUACAACCCAGCAUCUAAUGCCACAGCUCACAGCAAUCCCAGGGGUCCGAUUCAAAUACACCUUCACGGAUAUAUCACCUUCGCUGGUAGCGCUUGCGAAGAAGAAAUUUACGCAAUACCAUAGCUGCAUGGAAUUCACGACUGUCGAUCUGGAAAAAGAGCCUCCAGCAUCAAUGCACGCCCGAUACGAUAUUAUCAUCUCAAGCAAUUGCGUCCACGCUACGAGAAGCCUCGUUCGGUCUUGCAAAAAUAUUCACAAAUACCAGCGUCCUGACGGCAUAUUAUGUCUGGUUGAGCUGACGAGGAAUCUGUUUUGGUUUGACCUUGUGUUUGGCCUGUUGGAAGGUUGGUGGUUGUUUGACGAUGGCCGGAAGCAUGCGUUAGCCUGCGAGCAUCUCUGGGAAACAACCUUACUCCAGUCCGGCUAUAAGUGGGUUGACUGGACAGAGAGUAACUUUGAAGAGUCCAGCACUUCACGCCUGAUUGUAGCUUCUCCCAUGGAAAAUCUUUCUCAGUAUCCCAAGAUCGAUAAGCAGAUAUCAUUGUCGAGACCUGUCACAAAGGAAACCGUGACUUUCGCUCACAGAGACGGGAUAGCACUUCAGGCCGAUAUUCAUUAUCCAGAGAAAUUUGAAGAUCCGGUCAAUCCCCGUCCAAUCGCUCUCAUGAUCCAUGGCGGAGGUCAUGUCAUGCUCUCUCGCAAGGAUGUCCGUCAUAAACAGACACAAACCCUGUUAGAACUGGGCUUCCUUCCAGUCAGCGUUGACUAUCGCCUUUGUCCCGAGACAUCCUUGAUCGACGGCCCCAUGCGCGACGUCUGCGAUGCAUUCUCCUGGGCCCGAACGACCCUGCCCAAGCUACAGCUCCAGCGCCCCGAAAGACCCCGAGGCGAUCAGGUAGUGGCAGUAGGCUGGUCGACUGGUGGCCAUCUCGCCAUGACCCUAGCCUGGACAGCACCUGAAAUCCACGGUAUUCAGCCCCCGGAAGCCAUUCUGGCUUUCUAUUGUCCAACCGACUACGAGGACCCCUUCUGGUGGCGCGAAAACAUACCUUUUGGACAGGAUGUGGCCCCUCCGAGAAUAAAAUACAGUUCUCUCCAGGAAAGUAUCCGCAAAACCCCGAUUACUGGCUACAACCCCCCACCGAACAAACGCGCCCUGGCUGGCUGGAUGGCCCCGGAUGACCCACGCACUCAGAUUGCACUUCAUAUGAACUGGACAGGGCAUACAUUGCCAAUUUUGCUCAACGGAUGGAUGUGUCGCAAGGACGGCACAAGUAUUGCGGAUCUCCCUAUCCCAACGGCGGAGGAGAUUCAAGCUGUCAGUCCUUUGGCAAUCAUCCGUCAGCACCGCUACUCAUCGCCUACGUUCAUCAUUCAUGGGACGUUAGAUGAUCUUAUUCCGUGGGAACAAACUAUGCGGACGUACGAUGCGAUGAGGGAGAAGGGAGUUGACGCUGAUAUCAGGAUGCUGGAGGGUGUUGUGCAUCUAUUUGAUCUCUAUCCUAGCUUUCCACAGAACCUUGAGGCUGUAAAGGCUGUAGAGGAGGGGUAUAAGUUUCUUCGGAAUCAUGUGGAAAUUUAG